AUGCAAGAGGCUAAGUUGUACCUGGUAUUUGAAUUUUUAUCUAUGGACUUGAAAAAAUACAUGGACACUAUUCCAAAUGGAAAAUACUUGGAUGAUAGAUUAGUAAAGAGCUACCUUCACCAAAUUCUUCAAGGAAUUCAAUUCUGCCACCAGCGUAGAGUGCUCCAUCGUGAUUUGAAACCACAGAAUCUGCUUAUUGAUAAAUCUGGCACCAUCAAACUGGCAGAUUUUGGUUUGGCUAGAGCGUUUGGUAUUCCAUGUAGAGCAUACACUCAUGAGGUUGUAACAUUAUGGUACCGUGCACCUGAAGUCCUUCUUGGUCAAGCACGUUACACAGCAGCUUUAGAUAUGUGGAGCAUCGGGUGCAUUUUUGCUGAAAUGGUAAUGAAGCGGCCUUUGUUCCAUGGGGAUUCAGAGAUUGACCAGAUCUUCCGGAUAUUCAAAAUUUUGUCCACACCUCAUGAAGAUAAUUGGCCCGGAGUAACCUCAUUACCAGACUACAAAAAUUUAUUCCCCAAAUGGAGAAAAGACACUCUAAACACUUCAGUUCACAGAUUAGAUGACGCAGGACUUGAUUUACUCAGGGCCUUAUUUACAUACAACCCCAAUAAGAGAAUAUCGGCCAAAAAAGCUUUGGUGCAUGACUAUUUUGAUGAUUUGGAACUUGGAUGCUCUGACAAGUAUAAUCAAAAAAAAGCUUACAGGAUGUCACAGACUACAUUCCUGGAAGAUGUUACUAGUUGGGAGGAUGUGAAAUGUCAGCAGAACUUGGACAAAGCACUCCCAAAGCUAAUUACUUAUUUCAGAGAUGGAAAUGACCUACAUCAUGGCAUAGGAAUCCUCAAGGUCAUCUGUUCCUCAUUUCUACCACACAUAAAACUAAUGGCUGUUGAAGAUGUUCUCUUUUGUAAAAUCACUGACAAGACCAAUGAUUUUCUAACUCAGACUCUACAGAAUAUCAAAGACACCAUCACCAAAGCUGCAGAUGAAAUUCUUCAUGACCAUCAGCAACUGAUUGGUCUUCUUGAGCUUGUGUUGGACAUUCUGGAAUGUUCUGAUACCUGCAUUAAAUAUGUAUUGGACAAACAGCAGCCAGUAGACUUAGAGAGCAUUCACUCCUUGCCACCAUCUGUCAUUAAAAUUCUUAUGCAAUCUUAUGAGCAUUGCAAGGAAAGUUCUCAGAUUUAUGGUGAACUUCUACCAGCACUCUCUGAAAUCCUGUCCAACCUCUUCAAGAAAACACAUAAACUUCAACUGUCAUUGCUGAAUUGUUUGGACAAACUGAAUGUCAAAUCAACUGAACAAGAUGUGACAAACCUUUGUACAAUUUGUCAUGGCCUGUUCAACUUAUGCCAAUUGGUACCUGCACUGGACAUAAAGAUAAUGGUCAGUUUAUGGAAAUCUCUGUCCAAGUUGGCCAUCCAGUACAAAAGUAAUCUUUAUUCCCGACUCAAUCUUGAAGAAAUGAUUCAGUAUUUGUGUUCUGAUAUUCGGUCUGGUUACAUGAAUCUGCUGACAUUGGCACCACGGAUGUCCACUGAAGACAAUGAAGGGAAGGAAUUACCUUCUCCACAAACAAAUGAGAAAUCAUUCCAGAAGUCAGUAAAAAUCUGUGGUUUUCAAAUGAAAAUACUGGUUUCUUUAGUGAAGGAGUAUGAUGCUUACCUGGGUGACUGCGGCCAGUGUGUGUUAAAUCUUUUAUUGCAUCUGCAAAGUUUAGCUCCACCUUCCUUAAAUGUUCCUUUAUUGACCCAUCAGAGCCAACAAGACAUCCAUCUUCAAGUGUUAAAUGCCACUCAUCCAUUGGUCAAUAGUCUAAUUAGUAAUCGUUAUUUUAGGCACCUCCUUACUGCUGAUACAGAGUUAGAUCCAAGCCUGGUGUUGGCUAAAGCAUUACUACAAGUUGUAGCUAUGAAGUUUAUUCCUAAAGCUCCUGCUGAGGUUCAAAAUGAUUGGUUUUCUCCAACUGUCUAUCCAGAAGAUCCUCCUCAUCAGAACAUUUUAGCCAGCAUCUUUUCAUCUUUGGAAAAAUGUUAUGUUGAACUUUCAUUGGAUAUAAAAGUGACCAUGCCUGCUGCUCCAGGGAACCCAGAAAAGAAAAGAAGUUUGUAUGAAUUCUUUUGUACUAACAUUUGUGGUCUCGUUGGUAGCUGGCCUGCAAGACACUUCAAAAUUGUUGAAAAUGUGCUGUUAAAGAACUUGCUUCACCCAAAUUUCUACUGCAAGAUUCUCUCUUCGGAUGUCUGGUGCUUCAUUGGCCGUUAUGGUAGUGCCACUUUAUGUCACAACCAUGUGAAAGUGUUAGCUGAAGUGUGCCAGGCAGUGACAUGGUCAGAGUCUCUCUCAUACCAAUUCAUUCAUCUUCUUUUCCACAGACUUUUCAAGUUCCAAUCUGCUGAUCAUCAGGAGGAGAUUUUGAAGCUGUUUCCCCCUGCUAAAUGCUUGAAUCUCUGGGCUGGUGUGAAUUUAUCAAGCCUUGAGGAGAACAUUUCAAAGCGACUGAAGAAGGAAUUGGUACAAACAUGUGCCAAACUUAUUCAUACCUUCUGCACAGCAAAUCUUUAUGAUACCACAAGUUUUAAAUCUGUAGUUUCUGCCCUGCACUGUUUAUUGAGUUUGAGUUUGGUCCUGACCGAUUCUGCCAAAAAUGGAUGCACUUUAUAUCAUUUAGUGCUUCAGAGAGUUGGGUUACUAUGGUCACUUGUUUCAAAACUUGGAGUUCAUUAUAAUGACCAACCUUUGUACCCUUUAUUUUUGAGUUUACUGCUCAGGCUGUCAGCACAGUUGAUCUCCUUAAUGAAUGUCAGUAAUAUUGCCUCAAUUCUACCUUUGUUACCCAUUCUGCUGCAGUUCCAGUCAUCAGAAGCCUUGCAAUUGGCCAUAGCUGAUUUCUUAAAGGAGACUCGAAGAAUAGAAGCCCCCAAAAUCUCUGAGAUUAUCCAACAGAUGGAAAGUAAUGUGCCUAAAACAUUUCAGUCUCUUCUUCUGAAUUCCAAUUGUCUCAUCCAUCACAGAGCAAUGGAAGCAUUUGCAUUGUUUGCUCAAGAGACAUCAUGUGAAACUUUGGUACCCCAAUGCUUGCAUGUGGCAAAUGAAAAUCAGGAAAAAAUUCUUCAAGAUGUCGCAGUUGCUUUUCUUAACAAAACAGCCUAUAGUGAUGUAAAUUAUAAGAAAAUAACCUACCUUCAAUUGCAAAGCUCAAAUAUUAAUAAAGAACACCAGAUUCCAGAAAAUAAUGCAACUUCUUCGGAAGGGCUUGAUCAGAAUUCUGUGAAGAAACCUGUAACAUGUUCGGAGGAUUUGGAUGCACAAGAGCCUGUAAAGAAGAAAUCUAAACUUGGAUCCACUCCAAGCGUGUGGGAUGCAGAGUACAGAAACAUUGUGAAUUUAUUACAAGAUGGAACCCGUCAGUUACAAGAAAUGCGAGAAAAGAACUUGCCUUUGCCUGAAUGGGCAGUGACAGACAUCGAAAUGAUCACCAGUCAGCUCAAUGCUUUGCUUUAA